AUGCUCACAAACAGGCCUACAAUUUCCCUAAGCGUCGAGUGGUUGCCAUGGCGCUGGGACGGUGGCCGGCAGGGCUCUUCCCGCCGGAACGCGUUCCGCAGAGAAGGCGGUUCCUACGGAGGCCGGCGUGGGACGCGGGGCGAGGAUUGGCCGUGCGGUGUGUCGUGGGUGCUGCUGGAGGCGGCGGCGCUGUGCUUGUUGGCGGGAGAUUCCAGCAUGGCGGCCUGCGCAGACUCCUCUUCCUCUGCGCGGGAGGGCUGCUGGCCCGAGGGGUCGAGCGCCGAGAGCAACUUCGUGCGCGCCGUGCUGGCAUUGGCCGCCAAGCCCGACACCACCGUCCGGUUUUUCGAGCGCGGCGACUACUACACGGUCCAUGGCGGGGAUGCGAUCCUUGCGGCGGCGGAGGUCUUCAAGACGAGGGGUGUCAUUCGUAUGCUGGGCGCAGGAACCCGGAAACUUGAAAGUGUUGCACUUAGCAAGAUGAAUUUCGAAUCUUUCUUGCGGGAUCUUCUUCUCGUUCGUCAGUACAGGGUUGAGGUAUACAAGAACAAAGCAGGAAAUAAAUCUACCAAAGAAAGUGAAUGGUAUUUGGCAUAUAAGGGUUCUCCAGGAAACCUUGCUCAGUUUGAGGAUAUUCUUUUUGGCAACCAUGAAAUGUCAUCUUCUGUUGGUGUUGUGGGUAUUAAACUUCUCUCAGUGGAUGGACAAAAAAUUGUAGGAGUUGGGCUUGUGGAUUUGUUGGUGAGGAAACUGGAAGUGUGUGAGUUUCCUGAUAAUGAUCAGUUUUCAAACCUUGAAGCAGUGUUGGUUCAAAUGGGACCCAAGGAAUGUUUACUUUCUGUGGGAGAAACUUCUGGAGAUAUGGAGAAAUUGAGACAGGUUGUUCAACGAGGAGGGAUCAUGAUUACAGACAGGAAAAAGAAUGAAUUUUCAACAAAAGAUACAAUUCAAGAUCUUAACCGCUUGCUGAGAUUAAAAAAAAAAGAACGUGUGUCUAGUGCAACUUUACCUGAAAUGGACAAACAGGUUGCCAUCUCUUCCUUGUCUGCAGUGAUUAAGUAUUUAGAACUCUUAAAUGAUGAGUCAAAUUUUGGGCAAUUUGAAUUGUCCACCUUUGAUCUUAAUCAGUACAUGACUCUGGAUCAUGCUGCUGUGAGAGCCCUUAACCUUUUCCAGGCUUCUUCAGAAAAUGCCCAAGGUACGCAGUGUCUGGCUGGGCUGUUAAAUAAGUGCAAAACGCCUCAAGGACAGAGGCUGGUGAACCAGUGGCUUAAACAGCCCCUGAUGGACAAGAACAGAAUUGAGGAAAGGCUAAAUUUGGUGGAGUCCUUUAUGGAAGAUGCAGAGCUCAGGCAGGCUCUUCAGGAAGAUCUUCUCCGUCGCUUCCCAGACUUCAGUCGAAUAGCCAAGAAAUUCCAGAAGAAAGCCACUUUGCAGGAUUGUUACAAAAUUUACCAGGCUGUGAAUCAGAUACCUAAUGUGGUAGAGGCACUGGCGAAAACUGAUGGAAACCAUGACAUGCUAGUAGAAGAGGUGUUUACCAAGCCUCUUAAAGAGCUGCUCUCUGAUUUCUCCAAUUUCCAGAAGAUGAUUGAAGAAACAUUGGACAUGAAUACGGUGGAAAGCCACGAAUACCUUGUGAAAUCUUCAAUUGACCCAAGCCUCGCUGAGUUGAGAGAAAGUAUGGAUAAACUGGAGGAAAAAAUGCAGAGUGUGCUAAAGACCUCAGCCAGGGAACUGAGUUUAGAAGCUGGCAAGAGCAUCAAAUUAGAAUGUAAUGCGCAGUUCGGGCAUUUUUUUCGAAUUACUUACAAAGAAGAGAAGGUUUUGCGGAACAAUCUGAAAUACAAGAUCUUGGAAACCCAGAAGAAUGGGGUGAAGUUCUCCAACAUUGCAUUGAAAGAGAUCAACGAAGAAUACAUAAAGAGCAGGAAAGAAUAUGAAGAAAUGCAGGAUGUUGUUGUUAAAGAAAUAAUCAAUGUUGCAUCAGGGUAUAAGGAGCCCAUACAGAUCCUGAAUGAUGUUAUAGCCCAGCUGGAUGCAGUUGUCAGCUUUGCCCAUGCGUCAAAUGGAGCGCCGGUGCCGUAUGUACGCCCAACAAUUCUGGAAAAGGGACAAGGGAGGAUUGUUCUGAAAGGGGCACGACACCCCUGCAUUGAAGUUCAAGACGAUGUGGCCUUCAUCCCGAAUGACGUAAUCUUUGAGAAGGGCAAGCAGAUGUUUCAUAUUAUUACUGGACCAAACAUGGGAGGAAAGUCCACCUACAUCCGUCAGACAGGUGUGAUCGUUCUAAUGGCACAAAUUGGAUGCUUUGUGCCAUGUGACUCUGCAGAAGUGACGAUUGUUGAUUGCAUCCUGGCUCGAGUAGGAGCGGGAGACAGCCAACUGAAAGGGGUUUCUACCUUCAUGGCAGAAAUGUUGGAGACGUCAUCCAUCCUAAGAACUGCAACAGAAAACUCACUAGUAAUCAUUGAUGAGCUGGGAAGAGGAACAUCUACGUAUGAUGGCUUUGGAUUAGCAUGGGCAAUCUCAGAAUAUAUUGCCAGCAAAAUUGGCGCUUUUUGUAUGUUUGCUACUCAUUUUCACGAACUGACAGCACUUGCUGACCAAAUCCCUUCUGUGAAUAACCUGCACGUCUCAGCGCUAACGACCGAGGAGACUCUGACAAUGUUGUACCGCGUGAAAAAAGGGGCUUGUGAUCAGAGCUUUGGCAUCCACGUAGCGGAACUGGCUGCGUUUCCCAAGCAUGUCAUUGCUUGUGCCAAGGCAAAGGCUCUUGAGCUGGAGGAGUUCCAGAACAUCAGAAUGCCUGAGGAGGAGGAGGAUGACGACGACAAUGACGAAGACAACAAAGAGCCAGCGGCCAAGAGAUGCUAUAGAGAGAAGCAGGAAGGUGAAAAAAUAAUCCAGGAUUUCCUUUCUCAAGUGAAAGCGAUGCCCCUGGCGGACAUGUCUGAAGAGGACAUCAGAGCCAAAUUGAAGCAGCUCAAAGACGAAGUUCUGACAAGGAACAACGGCUUUGUAAAUGAAAUCAUUUCCCAAACAAAAGUUGUUUCAUGACAUGAGCAAACAGAAACACACAUACUUUUCAGGGUGGAAGUUCACAUCACGCUGAACCAAUCCAAGGCCAUUGCAGGAAAUGGUGCAAAGCACCCGAUGCAGCAUGGCCUUCCCUCAGAUUUCUCUGUCCUGCUAAUGGUAGUCAACAAAGCGCAGUUGGGGAUUUGGGAAGUUUGCAGUGGGGCAUCCCACCACAGGCUACGUGCUCCUGAAAGCUGCAGGGAAAGAACGGUUUGUCACAGGACUAUUAGUUCGGGUGCCAGCUGUAUCCUAGCGGUAGUUCUAAGCUCAACAGAAACAAUAAUGAUUCACUUGCCUUGUGUUGUCAUGUUUUGUUCUGAUCUCUCUAACAGCUCUCCUGCAUUUGUUUUCCUUUCUAAAUGUAGGCAUUUGUGCCAGCUGUAAUGUUUUCUUCUCUAUGACAAUUUUGAAUAAACUCUGCCUUCUACUCCA